AUGGACUGGAGGGCCGAGAGGACAGCACUUGACGAAUAUAUUGAGCAAUUAGGCAUGCAGCCUUCCUACGUUCCUCGACCCGGAGAAGUUGUACUCUGGGCUCCGGAGUGUCAGGGGGAACUAGCCUGGAACCACGAAAACAAGUGCAUCGAAAUGUACUCCCCCGAUGAAGACCGAUGGUUAGGAACCCCCAAAUGGCGGGCUGGUAUUGUAGGCCAGACGCCAGAAGAAGAUAUAGUCCUUCAGGACUUAGUGAAAACGGCGCCCAAAAAAUGGGAUGUCAACUACUCUGGCUUUCGCGUUGAAACCUUUCCUGAUCCUCAAAGUUACGACAAGAGCUACUCAUUACACUACAAAUAUAUCCGUCUGCAGUGUAUCAAGCCCUUCAACGCAUACGAGCUCUUUCUGCAAGGGAUUCCGCCCGAAAAUUUACAUCCGUCCAUCGGGUAUGCGAUGACGAUUAUGUCGUCGUUCAGUCUUCUGGACAAAUAUCACUUUAAAGGAGCUUGGCCGAACGCAGCGAUUUAUUGCCGAGGUAUUUUCAUCGGAGCAGAGCUCUUGGUGGUUGGCGAUGCUGUCCGCUUGAAACCAAAGCGCCAAUUUGACUCGUAUGAAAGCCAUGACGCCGUUGAGGAUGUUAUGGUCAUUGACGAAAUACGCCUGGAGCUUGUCAAUUGCGUGAGCAAUCUCACGUCGGACCAACUGGCAGAGCGAUAUCAGGUUCGAAUUGCAGGAAAGGUCUAUACGAACGCUCCCCCGAGAUCGAGUACUGGGACCGACGGGACGAGCCAACCAUUGCCUAUGAGACCCGAGGAAGUCAUUGACGUUUUUCAAUCGAUUGGCAUGGGUGGAUAUGGGUCUUGGUACAGGGUGUGGAACGGCGCAACGGUGGAAGUCUCGCAGGAUAUGAUAAUUGGUCGCUGUUACGAUCCCGAUGCUAUGAACCUCUUAUUCGGGUCUUGCUCUCUGGGGCUGGAUCUGUCGGGGGUGAUCAAGGCGAGGGAGUAUUCACGGAAAGUCGAUGAACGUAUUCCCGAAGGGAAAGGCUGGUUCUGGGGCGACUUUCGAACUCAGACUCUCGCGAUUGAUACUCUCAAUGGCCAGGAUGUGGGCUACUACAGCGAGGCCCGUGAAAUCACGAUGUGGGGAGCAAAUCUCCGAAUUCUCGAUGGCACGGCGGAUUCGGCGGAUCUUCGCCUGGCCAGGCUUCCCGGCAAUGUCGGUCGACCCUCGAAGGCUCGGUCCAACUUUUCAGAGAUCGGCAAGCUUAGCAAGCUGGUCAGUACGGGUCUUGGGGCCGCAGACGUGAGCAACCCUGUAAGCUCCGAAGAAGGGCCCAUCCUGCCAAAUGAGGACGAUACCUCUGGAUCAGAUGAAGUUUUUGCAUUGGCCAUGGACCAACUCCCAGGGGGAACGGACGAAUCGGAGGAGGCAAACCUCCUGCAUAAUUAUCAAUCUGAUUACACCCUCACAAGCCACAGGAUUACAAUCGCAACAAUGGGUCUCGACGGCGUACCUCAAGCCCAAGCCGUAACAGUGAGUCUCAAAGACCUCAUCGACGGCACCGUCUCCUUCGAAACCCUCACCGAAGCUUUCGGCCCCUCCUCCCUAGGCAUAAUCGUCGUGAAAGACCUCGACUCCGAAUUCCAACGUCUCCGCUCCCAAGUCCUCUCUAACGCAUCCUACCUCGCCGCCCUCCCCAACGACGAACUAGAAUCCCUAACCAGCCCAUCAGCAAAAUACCUCGUAGGCUGGUCCUGCGGCAAAGAAACCCUGCGCUCCGGCCACUUCGACACGCUCAAGGGCUCCUACUACGUCAACUGCGCAUUCUACCAAGACGCAUCGCUGCAAGGCGCGCCGGCCGACAACUUCCCCGAUCUAUCCGAGUACACGGCGCCGAACAUCUGGCCGCCGGCAGAGCGCCUGCCGACGUUCCGGCCGGCGCUGGAACAGCUCUGCACGCUUAUCAUCGACACGGCGGCGCUGGUGGCGCGGGCGUGUGAUCGCUACGCGACGGCAAACAUCGAGGGCUACAAGAGCGGGUAUUUGGAGCAUGUUGUGCGGACGAGUUUGACGACCAAGGCGCGGUUGCUGCAUUACUUUCCGGCCGAGGAGGGUGCUUCCGACGCCGGAGAGGGGGAUGAUGAUUGGUGCGCGACGCAUUUGGAUCAUGGGUGUUUGACCGGGUUGACUUCCGCUAUGUUUGUGGAUGAGCUUGCGACUCCCCCCGUGCACGGAGCGCAGCUUGCUGAGUUGGGCGCUUCGCCGGAUCCCAAGGCUGGGCUUUAUAUUCAGUCCCGCACGGGCGACGUGGUCAAGGUUAAUAUCCCCAGGGAUUGUUUGGCUUUUCAGACCGGGGAGGCGCUGCAGCUUAUUACGAGGGGGAAGUUUAGGGCGGUGCCGCAUUUUGUCAAGGGCGCGAAGCCUUCUGCGGGGGAGAGGAUCGCGAGGAAUACGUUGGCGGUGUUCACGCAGCCGAAUUUGGAAGAGGAGGUGGAGGGUGGGAAGAGUUUUGGGGAGUUUGCGAGGGAGGUCGUGGCGAGGACUUAUUAG